UGUGGGAUCUUCCCGGGCCAGGGCUCGAACCCAUGUCUCUUGCAUUGGCAGACGGAUUCUUAACCACUGCGCCACCAGGGAAGCCCUGGGCAUGCAUUUAACUCUUGUGUUCCCCCAUGUUUUUUUUUUUGUAAAUGAGCUGUGUUCAUAUAUACCCAUGUGUGUAUAAAUUUGCGUGUACAUGUAAAUAUUAAUGUGAGUGUGGAUAUAUGUAUGAGAAUGCAUAUAUGUGUGUGAUUUCUUCCCAGAAAAAUGCCAGGCAGAUGUUAGCAACAAGAAAGAUAUAUAGUCAUACCAAUAUCAGACAAACAGAAAUCAAAAUAAAUGACACAUUUAUUGACAUUAAAUGACCAACCGAAAAGUAUUCAUAUAACAGACAUGAACUUUUACGCAUCUACCAACAUAACUUUGAAAUCUUAAAUCAAAUAACGAUAGAGAAAAAUACUAAGAGGAACACAGAAAAAGAAGACAAAUACACAAUUGUGAAAAGCUUCAAGCUGGUGCUGGUGCCUGUGGCAGAUGGGCCAAGGUGUUUUCGGUGUCCAGGGUGACCCUUCUUCUCUCUUCCUAGGUGCCUUGCAUACCAAGGAGCCUCUAGUGGUUACCAAAUAUGGGACCCUCCGAAAGCAGGUACACGUGGGUAAGACACCCAUCAAUGCCUUCCUAGGAGUUCCCUUCUACAGACCUCCUGUGGGUGCCUGCAAGUUCACUGCCCCAGAACCCCCAGAGCCCUGGGAAGGAAUCAGAGAUGCUACCACCUAUGCCCCAGUGUGCCUUCAGGAGUCCUGGAGGCAGAUCACCUCCAUGUACUUCAACACACACAAAAAAUACAAGUGGCUGCAUUUCAGUGAGGACUGUCUGUACCUGAAUGUGUACGUGCCAGUAGGAGCGCUCGGGGACCCUCUGCUGCCUGUGAGUACUCAGCCUUCAGCCACGCACCAUCCCACUCAAGCACCCCACUGUCCCGCUCAGGCCUCAGCCCUUCUCGCCCAGGUGAUGGUCUGGUUCCCAGGACACGCCUUCCUCGUGGGCUCCGCUUCCACGUAUGAUGGCUCCAAAUUGGCAGCCCGGGAGAAAGUGGUGCUAGUGCUCCUGCACCACAGCCUCGGUGUCCCGGGCUUCCUUAGCACAGGCGAUAGCCAGGCCCGCGGGAACUGGGCGCCGCUGGACCAGGUUGCAGCUCUGCGCUGGGUGCCGAAGAACAUCGCAGCCUUCGGCGGAGACCCAGGUUGGGCGACCUUGUUUGGCCAGUCAUCAGGGGCCAUGUGCAUCUCGGGACUGGUGACAUCACCCCUAGCCUGGGGUCUCUUCCAUCAGGCCAUUUCCCUGAGUGGCACCGCAGUGCUAGAGUCUUCAUCACUUCAUCACCUGGCUGAGGUUUAGCUGGGCUUGAUUCACGCCAGUGCCUACAGGGGACAUUCUGCCCUGAGGAUCCAGGCUGGUCCAGACCUGCUUCUGAGGGUCCCUCAGUUCUCCCCUCCUCAGGCUUUCUCACACAGGUCUGGGGAAGGGAGUUUCUCCAAACAGCCACCCAGAAGCUAUUCUUCCCCAAAUUAGAGGGAGAGCAGCUGAGCGGAAGCCAGUCAGGCUGCAGCAGCUGCGAGGAUCAUAAAGGACUUUGGGAAACUCUAGGACCUUCUCUAGGAAUUCAAGCAAGAACUCCGGUAGGCAGCCUGGAUGGUGAGCUGGGCCCCUGCCUCCCAUCGUCCCUGCCUCAUACCCUCCCCAUCCGCCCCGGAGGGUACCUCUCUUCCUGUCUGCUCCUCGCGGAUGGCGCUCCUGAAUGAGGGGGUUGGAGAGGGCUACCCACUGCCCUGUCUCCACCCUGUCUUCAUGCCUUCGCUGGAAUCCCCCGAUGGCCACCCAGAGUCCUUCCUAAAUUCCCUGCCAGACCCUACCCCGCAGGGAGCGGUUCUCAGAACUGAUUAGACCUUGGUGAAGACCCCAGGACAAUUCUGUGGCUUUUCUCCAAGUUUACCUCGGCUCGCCCGGGCCACUCUGAGCACGGAGGCGCACCGCUGCAAAGCUGGCCUGGGAACCGGGCGCGCACACGCGUCUCCUGCAGGCCCCUGCGGCUCAGCUCGCCCCUUCCUCUCCUCCAACACCCCGAGAUCCCCACCCACUGAAGCAGCAAUCACCGGCCGUGGCGGCUGGGGAAAGGCCAAUUAGUGCGGGAGACGCAGCCCCUCGGCUGUGCCCGCGCUGACCGCAGCCCCGCAGCGUCGCCGCCGCCGCCGCCUUCCCUGCCCGGCAGACAGCGCCAGCCGCCUGGGAGCCCCGGGGGACGCGCCGUCCGGCCUCCAGCCAACAGCAGUGAUGGAUCCAGGCGCCUGGCGUGGGGCCAGAGCCCGGGCGGACGCGAGGGCGCCGGGAGCUGCAACUCGCCACCGCUGGGUGGUGGGGGUGAGCGGAACGGGGCCUCCCUCCCUGUGAGGGCUCCUGCACCCCCGACGGCCUGCGCCCCGGCGCCUGCCUUCUUCAAAAGCCAGGCAGGCGGGCUGCAGCGGCGCAGCGGCGGGCGGGUGGGGGUGGGGGAGGGUGGGGGAGGCCCUCUUACCGCCUCAAGGUCCUUUGACUUCGGGACCUCCGAAGCUCUGGCCUAGGCUGGCCGAGCCCAGAGCAGUUCCCUUUUGGAAGCCUUAGCAGGACCUGGCUUUAGAAAGCCUCGGCUUGUGCUUGAUUAAAGCUCCCGUGCAAGAGGAGGUGGGCAGAAGGGUGGGUGGGCAGUGCCGGGCCACAGGUCUCUUUCACCGAUGCAUGAAUGCAUGCACUUCCUCCGCUGGGUCCCUGCCCUGCACAACCUGCCUCACCCACCUGUAGGCUUUGGGAGACCCAAGAGGCAUCAGGCUUGCCCUCCAGGAGCCCUCAGGCUGUGGGCAGAAGCUCCAGGGGCUUGGCUGGGAUCCCAAGCUAAUGGAAACUCUGCGGUCCAGGGAGGCUUCAGGUGAAGGAAAGGGGCAGGCACUUCAGGGCUUCCCCUUCCCCCAACUGACUCCUUUUCGGCCCAAGCUGGACACACUGGAGCCCUGUACUGAGGGACAAGGUGGGCCUAAGCCCAGGACACACUCUGGAUGCGGCUGAGGAAGGGUUUGGCAGGAAGGUUCACAAAUGGGGUUCACCAAAGAGAUCUACUGCAGGAUACUUGUUUCCCCCACCUGUGCCACAAGGGGCUGGGUUAGAGGUGCUGAGUCCCUUGACCAGUCCUGGAUGCAGUAGUGUGGGGUUCAGGGUGGCUUUUUCCCUGUGACCCCCCCCCACAACUCAGGUCUGGCCUUGGUAGGGAAGGGCUGGGGGCCUGCCUUGUGCCCCAGAACCUCACUCAGGCCCUGGUGGGCCAGACUUCCUGUGAGGGAGAAGGGAUCACUUCUAAGGGAGUGAGAAUUCCCCUUUCUCCGUACCAAGCUCAUUAGCUGUGUGUGUGGCAGGGGGGAAAACUGAGAAAUUGGGGCAUGGGGACUGAGUGAGGAAGGGAGACAAUGACACAGAUAGCACCUUGGGUCCUUUGUGGAAUGAGAUGACAGCGCAUUGAAUUAAAGCAUGAGGAAAGGUACGGAGACAGGUGAAAGAGACUGUGGAACAAUCUGCCGAGAAAGCCAGGGAGUGGAGGAAAGAAACAGAAGCAGGUGGACACACGCCCAGACAAGCAAAUGGACAGAGAGACAGGGCAGUGCCGGGGGCUGUCCAGGCUGGAGAAGGGCAGUACCUGGGCACUCAGAAGGGGGCAGUGGGCCCUGUUUCUCAUCUCAGUUGUCUGGCUGCCGAGACCCUUGGGGGCAUGAUAGAAACGAUCAUCUGGAAAGGCUGUGGGAGCACAGGGAUGACCUAUCUUGGGUUGGGUUGGGGUGUCAGGAGGGCUUCCAGGAGGAGCACCUGAAAGGACCAGUAGGAAAGACUGGAGGGGAUGGAGGUGGAGAGGGAGGGGGAGCUGCGUCAGAGGCGCAGCAGAAAGACAGGCCUGGAGGCAGGAAUUAGCCUGUUCCAUCCCAACAGUUCUGCGUCAUUUUGGCCCACACAGGACGACUAAAAGAGGAACCAGGCCCAGAGCUGGAGGACCAGUCCUGUAAGCCUGGGAGAGAGCACGGCCUCUACCCUGAGGUACUGGGGAGCCAUGGGAAGGACAUGUCCUGGUCAGGCUUAUCUUCCAGGAGGUUACAGAGUACAGAGCAACUGGAGGAGGAGAGGGAAGAAGUGGGGAGGCCGGGGGAGGGUGGUGCAGAACUGGACAGUGAGUUCUGGACAUGGAACAGAGCAAACAAUUUCAUAAAGCAGAUGGGCGAGGUCAACUCUGAACACCCCCUCUCCCCCAUCCAUAGGUGGGCCCCUGGCUCAGAGCUCUCCCACCCAGCCCAGCCUGGGAACUCAUGUGAACCCUCCGCAGGGCCUGGGGUAUCUCUGCCCCAACCAAGUGGAACCAGGAAAAGCCCCAAGAGGGAGUCCAGUCCAAGGUGAGGGCACAGGCAGGGCCAGGUGUUGCUGAGGAAGCUCCCCCCUCCACGCUCCCUCCCCCUGCAUAAGCUAAUCAAGAUAGUACUGCAGCCUCCUGCCACUGACCCUCUAUCAUUGCAACGAUAGCUCCAUGGCCACAGGGGGUUGAGUCUGGGCCUAUUUGUCUGUGGAGCAAAUCAGAAGGGGAGGAAGGUCCACGUGAGCCCUGAAAGAACUCAGAGGCUGAGAGCAGGUGGCCUCACGGAGCAGAGGUCAACGUAUCUCUUUUAGGCAGAGUUUGGGAGCUGCGUGCUCCUGUCUGGGCUUGUUCCUCUGUGUGUGUCCUCGAGCAAGCCACUCUCCUAUCUAGGUCUGGUUUCCACUCUCCAGUGCACCGGGAGCAAUCUCUGGGGUAGGACGCUGCUCCAGCCCCGGGCCCUUCCAGCUAUGGUCCAGGACUCCUGUCUACUCCCAGCCUGUUCAGCCGUAGGUGCUGUGGAGGAGCACGCCUGUGGCUUCACCAAGGAGUCACUGGGUGACCAUUACGUAUCUUCUACUGUGAAGGAGCCAGGACCCUUUUGAAGGGGAGCCUGAAGGUGGAAGAAAAGCCUUUCGGGAAAUUAGCACUAGUGGCAGGAAAAUUCAUCAAAAGCUGACAGGGGCUCCUGGUGCUGAUUCAUGUCUCUUGCCUAAGGAGCAGCUCUUCUGGCCUGAGGGAAGGACUAGUAGCUUCCAGAGCCUUCCAAAGACCCCAGACCCAAGACUCCAAAACGCUGGCCCGGUUGCUGGGGCUCUCACCAUCUGGUGGGGACACCACCAUGAGUUUUUUGCUCCUGAAUCAUGGGAUUCUACAGUGCUAGGAAAGGCUGCUGAUGGACAGGGGACUUGGGUUUGAAUACAACUGUUCCUUCUGCUCUGUGAUCUCAGACACUCGGUGGGCCUCUCUGAUCCUCUCUGCCAGGAGGAAUUCUGACCUUGCCUGCCUUCUAGGUAACCAAUACAUCUAUAAUCCUCAGCAUAUCUGGGAAAAGAAUAACUUUUCGAAGAGGGAGGAUGGAACCAUAUCCAAACAACUGUUGGUAGUGGGACCAAGGCAGCAGGGAAACAGUCUGGAUGUGGACCUCAUUCUGGUGGCACAGACUCCCUCCCACUUCCAGGUAUUAUGGAAGCCAGAAGAGCUGUUGCAAGACACACCUCCAGGAGCACCACUUACCUGGUUUACAGUGUGAAUGAGCCCCAGGAUGUUACCUGAGCUCCAUGCCCUACCUCCUCUGAACUUGCCACCUACACGCACAAGUACAACACCCAUGCCUCAGAGAAGGCUCUGAUGGGAUCUCUUGGUUACCACCUAACCCAAAGCAUCCACACUGGACAGUCUUUGCAGCUCCGUCCUCCCCUCCAGCCUGUCCAUGUUUACCUUCAGCUCCCAGAACUGGUCCAGCCACCAGGCCAGCCAGAUUAUGUGAAGCAGAAUCCUUUGAAGGGGCUAUGGAUGUAGCAGACCCCAGAGCCACAGGGAAUCCCUUCCAGGGCCACUCUGACCCUGGCACUGCCACUGUCUCUGGCUCAGCUACAAAAGGAGGCACACCACAGGCAGCUAUCCUCUGCUGUAGGAGAUCAUUAACUCCCCAGCCUUGUUAAGCCAGCUUCCUUUUUCAGGCCCUUCUUAGCUCAUUUUAUGUUGUUUUUUUUUUUUUUGAGGGGGUUUCUUUUGGCCACAGUGUGAGGCAUGUGGGAUCUUAGCUCCCUGACCCGGGAUCGAACCUACGCCCCCUGCAGUGGAAGCAUGGAGUCUUAACCACUGGAUGGCCAAGGAAGCCGCCUCAUUUUAUGAUAUUUUGACUGGACCUUGUAUGGACUCAAGUUGUUUUCCAGUUCUUCCCUUGAUGGCCAACAUUUACAGCUGGAUUUUUAUCAAAGUAUGAAGUUGUACAAAUCCUAGAAUUUCAUAGCUAGAAAGGACCUUAAAGAUUGUCGUAGCCACCAUGCUUUGAGAGUUUAUAACUUUGUGUCAGACACUUUGUACAGAUGUUUUUGGCUGCCCAGUAUAUCCUUUCCUUUUCCUAUGACAUCACCCUGUCCACAGAGAUUCACAGUGUCCACACUUCAGGGAUGAGCACGUAACCCAAAUUUGGCCUAUUAAAGUCAAUCCCAAGAUUUUUGUGGGAAUAUCAGGAAAGAGUAGUCCUUACCUCUUGAAGGUGAGUCAGCAGGUGAAUGAAGCUAAAACAUAACAAAGAGACCGAGAGAAAGAGAGACAGACAGACAGAGACAGAAAGAGAGACAGAGACAGAUUUCUGGUUUCAGUGCUUGAACACCUGGAUCUAGCCAUGCCUGAACCAAGAAUUUUCAAUUAAAUGAACUGAUACAUUCCCUUUUUUUGUGGAGUUAGUUUUAAUUGGGUUUUUGUCACUUGAAGCCAAAACAGUCUUGACAAGUAUGAGUAGAUGUCUCUGUCCUCAAUUUUUUGAUUAGAAAUCUGAGGAACCAGCUAGCUCUGGGUUCUCAGGCAAGUCACUAAAGCUCUCUGACAUCAGGUUGCUCUGACAAAGAUUGAAAGGACUGAAUUUCUUCAACUUCAGGACUCCUUUGCUCUCCUGGGAUCUCUGGAGCUACCUGGCCACAUGCCUUUAAAAGAAUCAAUCACUUGUUGUGAGUCUCAAUUUUCUGAGCUACAAAAUAGGACAGUCAUUCCUUCCCUCCUUACCUUGGGAGAGUCCAGUGAGAAAGUGUUUGGAAAAUUGCUUGUACUGAAGCAAAUGUUAUGUAGUGUGCAUAUUAUACAGAGGAGGAAUCUCAGCUCAUACCAGACAACCAUUGUCCCCAAAUGGCUCAUAUCUCUUCCAAAACAGUUUUUUAACACUUUUAAAAAUAAAACUUAAGACAUUAAAACAUAUUUAUAAAGAAGGCUUACCCACAGCAUCUCAUUGGGCAGGAUCUAGCUCAGGACAGGCCCAGGUAAAGUAAGAGAUAUGGCACUGAGUGAAGCUUGCUUGGGAAUCACUCUUUGUCACUCUUUGCUGUGAGCUCUCUAGGAAGCUUUACCUUCAGGCUGUUUUUUGUUUUGUUUUGUUUUAAUAAAUUUAUUUAUUUUUUGA